UUAUGCCUCGAAUAAAGAAACGGAUGUUAUGUCCCCAUUGCAGCGAAAGUCUAUCUCAUUCUGCAUAUUUUCGUCACAAAGAAUUAUAUUACCGAGAUGGAACUUGGAAAGUUCAAGAAAAUCAACGUAAUCAAGAACUAUCUUCGAAAAACCAAAUAAUACAAACAAGAGAUGAUAACGACGUGCAACAUACAGAUGUUAACCUAGAUUCUCAGGAUAAAACACUUCUGCCUAUUGAUCACACACUAAUUGAGAGUGAUGUUUCAAUCGAGAGUGAUGAAUCAACAUGCAAUGAUCAUCAUGAUCCAGAUGACAAUUGUGUGAAUGAAGAAACCGCAACGGAAUUGUGGGAAGAUCCUGAAGCAGAACCAGAGGACGACUUUAAUGUUGUUGUUAGUCAACAUGCUAACCAUCAUACCACAAAAUUCAUCACUCUGGUACUGCAAGCAAUGUUCAUUUUGCAAGUUCAUAUUUUUCUCUCUGAUAACACAUUGGAAAGUAUUUUAGGUUUUUCAAAACUGAUUUGUUUAUUGCUCAACAAAAUGUUUGGUUUACACAUUCUUGAUGAAAUAUUGGAAAAAUUUCCAAAUUCAUUAUACAUGGCUCGACAAUAUCUGGCUCUGAAUCGGGAUUCUUUUACAAAGUUUGUUGUGUGCACGUCAUGUCAAUCUCUGUAUUCUUAUAAUCAAUGCUGGAAAAAAGAAAUCACUGGUAGAAAGACAAGCAGCAAAUGUAGUCAUGUGAAAUUCCCUAAUCACCCAUUUCCUGCCUACAGGGAACCUUGCAACAAUAUUUUAAUGAAAGUGGUUGUAUCCUUUGAAAAAAAUAUAAACUUAUACCCAAAGAAGGUUUAUGCUUAUCGGAGUAUAAAGACUGGCCUGGAAGAGUUGCUAGCACGUCCAGGUUUCUUGGAAUUAUUAUUUACUAAACCUGAUGAACAUGUCAAAAUGUCAGAUAUUUUUGAUGGACAGAUUUGGAAAAGUUUUCAGGACAGCAUAGGGGAAUUAUAUCUUGCAGAUAAAAGAAAUUUGGGCGUUAUGCUAAACCUAGAUUGGUUUAAUCCGUAUAAGAACAGAGAGCAUAGUGUUGGUGUAAUUUACCUGUCAAUUUUAAAUUUACCAAGACAACAUCGAUUGCUGUGGAAAAACACACUCAUCAUAGGUAUUAUUCCUGGUCCAAAAGAGCCAAAUCUUCACAUUAAUUCUUUUAUCAAACCAAUGGUUGAUGAGCUUUUACAAUAUUGGGAUGGUGUGAUUAUGAAAGAGCCAAGUAGCAUUGGUUAUUCUUUAUAUAAAAUUGCUUUAAUAUCAAUAUCAAAUGAUAUUCCUGCUACUCGAAAGUUUGGUGGUUUUUUGAAUUUCAAUGCAAAGUCAGGGUGCAGUAAGUGUUUGAAAGUAUUCAACAAAGUUGGUGACUUCACUGAUUAUUCUGGAUCUGAUGUUGAUGCCUGGGAAUUGCGAACUGGAAUAAAUCACAAAAGAUACGCCCUUCAUGCUGCCAACGCCAAUACGAAAAGUGAAUGUGAAAAAAGACAAAGAGAACACGGAGCCCGUUACAGCGAACUCCAUAGAUUGCCAUACUAUGAUCCAGUCAGAAUGCAUACAAUUGAUCCUAUGCAUAAUCUUUAUUUGGGUACAGCAAAACAUGUUUUUAAAACUUGGAUUGAAAUUGGGGUUUUAACAUCAGAUAAACUGAAAUGUAUUGACGACAAAAUGAAAAAGGUAAAAGUUCCAACUGAUGUUGGUAGAAUACCAGGUAACAUGUCAGAUUGUUACAAAAGCAUGAAGGCUGAUGAGUGGCGCCAUUGGACACACAUCUAUUCAUGCUUCUGUUUAAAAGAUGUAAUACCAGAUAAUCAUUUAAACAUGUGGUUGAUCUUUGUAGCAGCUUGCAAUAAAAUCUGCACACGAAGUAUAACUGCAGGUGACAUUUAUCAAGCGCAUACUUUAUUUUGUAUGUUUAUUGGCAUAUUUGCAAAUCUAUGUGGAAAGUUAUGGUGUACUCCAAAUAUGCAUCUUCACCUCCACUUAAAAGAUUGUUUGCUGGAUUACGGACCUGUGUAUGCAUUUUGGUGUUUUAGUUAUGAACGUUUCAAUGGAAUUUUAGGUUCAUACCAUGUAAAUAAUCAUGACAUAACAAUCCAACUAAUGCGCAAAUUUAUAAUUGGUUCUCAGGUUAGAGCUUUUAACCUAUUGGAGGAUGACUUCACUGAUAUGCUAAAAUUGUCGUCUGACAAAGAGACCGUGCAUUCCCAGGAAUCACUCCUAAAGCUCCAAAAAGUUCGUGACAGUGAUAAAGUUGUUGGUACUGAACUCGAGUUUACAGGCUGUGAAGAGAAACUCAGCAAAGCCACUCAGUUUAGUUUACCAGGACAUCAAAUAGAUGAGUUAACUAAGUUGUUUUCAUCUCUUUAUCGACAUAUGGAUAUCAAAAGAGUGUCACGAUUCAUUGUGCAAAUAAAAAGAGUCAUGCUGGGUAAUGAAGUUAUUUGUUCAAAGCAUUACAUUCGGAGCAAUGGACAUGGAUCAUUUUUAAAGGCAAGAUAUAAUCAUGGUGAUUAUUUUGACUUUGAGCCAAAAGAAUUAAGACCAGCCGUUGUGAAUGGUAUAUAUGAAAUUAAAGUUGUUUUUUCUGAUCGUGUUGUGAAUCAUAUUGUUGUUGAUGUGAGCUGGUUUAAGAAACACGUGCAGUAUAACUUUUUUGGUGUGAACUCUCCCAUGAAAGUAUGGUGUACUGAAAUUGAUAAAAGAUCGUUGAUACCACUAAAGUUUGUGCAUGGACGUAUAUUGGUGUUAAAGGAACAGAUAAGAAUAAGCAAGCAACAUGUUGAUAUUGUUAAAGUUUGCAUAAGUUUGCCUUCUAAGUCAUUGUAAUAUUAAUUUUGUUAUUCACAGAUUUUUUAACGACUAAUGUCUAAUUUUUUGUAUAUACAUAUUUUUGUCGACAAGAAAAAAUUUCAUAAAAA